CACCACUACCACCACUACCACCACCACUGGUAGACUACCACCACCACUACCACCCACCACUACACCACCACUACCACUACCACUACCCUUCAACCACCACCCACCACCCCACCCAUCCCGCUUCCCGCCUCUUCUCUUCUCUCUUCCAACCCUCACACCAAAACCCGCUCCUGAACUCACCGGAAUCUCGCUGGCUGAGUCCCGCCUCAAACCCUCUCUCUCUCUCGUUCGUUCACCAAAACAUCUCCAGACAACGACAACCUCGCGGCACACCGACGAAAUGGCCUCCGCUACCACCAACGGCUUCCAUGCGCCGAAUUUCAUCCUCUUCCCCCACCAGCAGGACCUCCUCUUCACCGCCCUCAAUUCCAACCGCACCACUGCGGCGGACCAGCAGAACGGCGACGCCCAGACCAUUGCUCCUGCCGCCUUUGACAACACCACCACAUCGCCGCUCCAGGCGCCCGGAUCCGGGAGCCUGACGAACCUCAACGAGAGCCCGUUCAUCGAUUACGACUACGACUUCGACAACGACGCCAGCUAUGGCGAGUACGACUUCAGCAACCUCCCGCAGGGCCAGAUGAUUGGCAACCUGCCCGGUACGUCAUCGGAUGGCGAUGCGGGGGCGAACGAGUCCCACGACAAGCGCGGCCUGUCGGACGACGAGGAGAACGACGAUGAGCCGGAUGGCAAGCGCAGGGAUGGCGACGAUAAGACGUCCAAGAAGCUGGGGAGGAAGCCACUAACUUCAGAACCGACAUCGAAACGCAAGGCGCAGAACCGCGCGGCACAACGUGCUUUCCGUGAGCGCAAGGAGAAGCACCUCAAGGACCUCGAGACUAAGGUUCAGGAUCUGGAGAAGGCAUCCGAGGCGGCGAACCAUGAGAAUCUCAUCUUGCGCGCCAAGGUGGACAAGAUGACCGCGGAGCUGAAGGAAUACAAGCAGGCUGCGGUGAGCCGGCAGACUGGAAACCCUCUGAUGCCCAUGCUGUCGACGUAUCAGAAGGCGAGUCAGGCCCCCCACAACCCCAACGACGUCAACUUCUCCUUUGAGUUCCCCAAGUUCGGCCAGCUCCCCGGACCUCCCGUUCUCAGCAAGCCUUCCAAGUCAACGACAUCACCCGGCGAAGCCCCAUCCCGCUCAACAAGCUUCACAAGCAACCUCAGCCCCCUAGACAGCGGUUCGCGCAACUCCCUCAGCUUCGGCUCGAACCAGAACCUCGCCAACACAAACCAGUCCAACAACAACUACUCCGGCAACGGCGCGGCGCUCGAGGGAAUGACCAACGGCAACUUCGACUACAUGGUCCACCACAACAAAGGCAGCACCUCCGCCUCCAGCGCCGACUCCGGCAGUGGCCCAACCAGCACCGGUCACAACACAUCACACUCCUCCCCCACCUCCUCCAACUCCCACCACGGCACCAGCUCCUCGUGCGACACCUCGCCUGAACCCUACACGCAAUCCCCUCCCGCAUCCAAAACCGCCGCCGCCGCCGCCGCAGCCGCAACCACAACACUCUCCACCAUCGGCGAGGAAUCCCACGCCGACCCGGCAAUCGACAGCCAAUCCUCCUUCUACUCCAAGCUCUCGCAAGUCUGCGGCUCUGCCUCCCAACCAAUCCCACGCACCAUGACCUCUCCCCCUCUCGCCCCCUCCACCACCGCACCCACCCCCGCUUCUAACUCCUCCUUCGACAUCAAUUCCCUCGACUGGCUGGCGGCGCAGAACGGGAACCAGUUCGAUCCGCAGCUGUUUGGGGAUUAUCGCGAGCCGCAUGAUAAUAUCCUGACGGGGUUGUAUGAUGAUUCGUUUUUUACUGAGGCGUUUGCUAUCCCUGGGGAGUUCUCGGGGAGUCCGUUUACGUUGGAUGCUACGCCGCAGUCGCAGCAGACCCAGCAGACGACGCAGCAGCAGCACCACCAGGGAGGGAAGAAGGAUUUGAUUGGGGAGAUUGACGCACAGCUUGGUGAGGAGGAGGUGGUACCUGCUGCGAGCGAGAUGCUCACGUGCACGAAUAUGUGGGAACAAAUCCAAGCCUGCCCCGCCGUCCAGAACGGCGAGAUCGACAUGGACAGCCUGUGCUCGCAACUCCAGCAGAAAGCCAAGUGUAGCGGUGAGGGCCCUGUCAUUCAGGAGACGGAUUUUAAGGAUGUGCUGGAUACGAUGUUUGCGCCGGGGGGGUUCCAGGCUUUCCCGCUGACUAAGGGGACUUGAGCACGCAGCGCGCGCAGGGCUUUUACUAGGUACUUGGCUUGCACUGGGACGGGGACGGGAUCUGGGGUGGAUUGGAAUGACAUGAGUAAAAUGGGAAACGGAAUGGAAAGGGAACGUGGCAUGCUACGGCGUCACGAGUGCGUAGGGGUGAAUGGGGUGUCUGGAAUGGAAAUUUUGAUAGCUGGUAUUUGGGCUACAAACUGGAGGGGUUUUACGGUGUUCUUGCCUUUAUGCUUCUACUUCUUCUUUUAAUGGCCCAGACAGAAACAAUUUAAUGGUUGCUUAUACUCCCAUCUUUUUUUUGGAAAAGGGGGGGGGGGCUUUCGAUGAUGAGGAUUUUGGAUGAUUUGAUGCGCAACGAGCGCCUUGUUUUUUGGUUUUAUGGGGUGACGCGUUCUGCUUUUCUUGUCUUUUUUUCCAUUUCCACUCCAUCACUUUUGAGUUCAGACGGUUUCGAUCCCACGUUCCGAUUCGCUCCCUUUCAAUUCGUUUCGUUUCGCUUCGUUUCUAGGGGCAUGGUGUGGGAAAGGAGAUUAUUAUGAAAGGAGG